GCACCCUUUCUCUUUCUACAGACUCCUCUCUCUCUCUCUGUCCUGCUCACUCAUCAAAAGCCUCUUCCAGAGUCCAGGCCUUCCAUGCCUGCACUGCAUAAUCAUUUCACAUUCUUCCUCUCCCUCUUUCUCUCUUCCUCUCCCUCUUUCUCAUCCCCAAAAGACGGUAGCUUAUUCCGACCAUCCACGCCUGCAUAAUCAUUUCACAUUCUCUGCAACACUCUCUCUCCCCACACACGCGGAAAGGAAAGUGCAGAAGGGGUUUCUUUUACUAGUGAAGGAAGUUGGUAUCGAUGGACAUGCAAUCCCCAGCACCAACUCACUCCCCAUCAUCACAAAGUGAGGAGGCGCCGGCAAAGAAGGGCCUGAAAGCCCUUAUGGACGCUACCCUCCGCUCCUCCUCCUCCUUCAAGGAGGACUCCUACCUCUCCUCGACGCUCAAGGACUCUGAGAAAAAAGCCUUGGAGGACUUCAAGUCCAGGCUCCACAAGUCAGCGGACCGCUUCUCCGUCGACUCCAAGGCUCCCCACGUCUCCGUAUGGGGAGUCCCUCUCCUCGGCGGGGACGAGAGGGCGGACGUCGUCCUCCUCAAGUUCCUGCGGGCGAGGGACUUCAGGGUGCAGGAUGCCAUGGCCAUGCUCGAGAAGUGCUUGGAUUGGAGGAAGGAGUUUAAAACAGACGGCAUUUUGGACGAGGACUUGGGGUUCAAGGAGUUAGAAGGAGUUGUGGCCUACAUGCAUUCUUAUGACAAGGAGGGACACCCUGUUUGCUACAACGCUUAUGGGGUGUUCAAGGACAAGGAGAUGUAUGACAAGGUGUUUGGGGACGAGGAGAAACUCAAGAGGUUCCUCAGGUGGAGGGUCCAGGUGCUAGAGAGGGGCAUCAACCUCCUGCAUUUCAAGCCUGGUGGUGUCAACUCCAUGAUUCAGGUCACCGACCUCAAAAACAUGCCCAAGAGAGAGCUCAGGGUUGCCUCCAGCCAGAUCCUCUCCCUAUUCCAGGACAAUUAUCCGGAGAUGGUCGCCAGGAAGAUUUUUGUCAAUGUGCCGUGGUAUUUUAGCAUGAUAUACUCUAUGUUUAGCCCUUUCUUGACUCAACGUACAAAGAGCAAGUUUGUCAUCGCAAGAGAGAACAAUGUCGCGGAGACGCUGUAUAAGUUUAUUAGGCCGGAAAAUGUACCUGUUCAGUAUGGAGGACUGAGCCGGUCUGAAGACCUGCAAGCUGGACCUGCUAAACCCGCUUCAGAGUUCUCCAUUAAGGGAGGAGAGAAGGUUCACCUGGAAAUUGAAGGCAUAGAAGGUGGAGCGACCAUUGUGUGGGACUUGGUAGUGGGUGGUUGGGAGUUGGAGUAUGGCGCCGAAUUCGUGCCGAACGCUGAGGGAAGCUACACGAUUGCUGUGGAGAAGUGCAGGAAGAUGGUCGCUGGUGACGGACCCAUUCAUAACUCCUUUGCUGCCAAGGAACACGGGAAGCUCGUGCUGUCCAUUGAUAACUCGCUUUCUAGGAGGAAAAAGGUGGCCGCUUACAGGUAUCUAGUGAGGCGGUCGUCUUCUUCAGUCCCUGCCUGAGAAUGACGGAGGGAGACAUUCCAAGAAGACUUACAAAUAAUUACUGUCCUGGUUUUAUUGGUUAUUGUAUUUGCAGUAUGUGGGCUUGUCAUAAUUAUUGUUGUGCUUUUUCUUGUGAUGUAAAGUAACAUGUCAAGAUUAGCUUC